AUGAACGCACCGAGCACCAUGACACCGACACACACCGAGGGCGACACGUCCCACGCCGUCUCCGGCCCGCCGGACGACUCGGCCGAACCUUCGCCGACGGAGCCUCCGAGUCCGAGCCGCGAGACGGCUGAUUCGGGGGCCGAGCCCGCCAUCGAGAUCCUCGACGCGACGCGCACGCUCAGCACGGCCGAUCUCUCCGCGCUCACAUCGCACGCGCAACGCGCCUGCGCCCUCGCCGGCGCGGCGGGCGGCGAGGUGCGCGUGCGCCUCGUCCGCGACGACGAGAUGGCCGCGGCGCACGAGGAGCACUGCGGCGUCCCGGGCACGACGGACGUGAUCACCUUCGACCUCAACGAAUCCCCGAACGCCACGCUCGACGCGGACCUUCUGGUCUGCCUCGACGAGGCGGCGCGCCAGGCGGAGAGACGCGAACACACACUCGCGCGCGAGCUGCUGCUCUACAUCCUCCACGGCGCGCUGCACUGCCUGGGCGAGGACGACAAGACCGAGGCGGCCUCGGAGCGCAUGCACGCGCGCGAGGACGAGAUCCUCGAGGCGAUGGGCGCGCUGCGGGACUACUCCAUCCGCAAGCUCCAGGAGAUCGCCGAUUCCAACGGCGGGAUGGCCAAGCUCGACCCCAUCGUGAGCGACCCGGAGGGCCACGCGCUCAUGCCGGGCCUGCUCCGCGCCCUCGCCUUCGCGACGUUCAUCGUGGCGUCGUUCUUCCUCGUGGACACGUUCGCGGUGAGCGAGUCCGGCGAGACCACGGUGCGCAUCUGGGUCCUCGUGCUCGAGAUCAUCGUCGACGCCGUCAUCGGCUACUUCCUGAUCCUCGAGCUCCCCGCGAGCGUCGCCCAGCACGCGGGGGAGAAGAUCAUCCACGCCGGCGCCGGGCUCCUGCGCGCGGGCUACUUCCUCGCCCUGCCCCUCCGCAAGAUGCGGUUCUACGACAUCGCCGUGAAACGCCUCGCCGGCGCCACCGGCACGACCGCCGCGGACGAGAUCGAGGACGAUUUGCUCAGCGCCGUCUCCGAGGGUGAGCGUGAGGGCACGCUGGGCGAGACCGAGCGCGAGAUGAUCGAGGCCGUCGUCGAGCUGCGCACCAUGACCGUCGAGGAGGUCAUGACCCCGCGCACGGAGAUAGAAGGCCUGGAGCUCACCGACGACCUCAAGGCCGCGAGGGACUACAUCCACGAGGUCGGCCACUCGCGCAUCCCCGUGUACCGCGACGAUUUGGACCACCUCGUCGGCAUCCUCUACGCGAAGGACCUGCUCGCGUUCCUGGGUGAAGCGGACAAGCCAUUCACGAUGCGCGACGUCCUCCGCGAGCCGAUGUUCCUCCCCGAGACGCGCUCGAUCAACGAGGCGCUCCUCGACAUGCGCUCGCAGAAGAUCCACCUCGCGAUCGUGCUGGACGAGUACGGCGGCACCGCCGGGCUCAUCACCAUCGAGGACAUCCUCGAGGAGAUCGUCGGCGAGAUCGAGGACGAGUACGAGCCCGAGCACGAGACGCCCCCGGCGAUCGAGGUCGACGCGCCCAACCGCACCGCCGACGUCGACGCGCGGGCCUACCUCGACGACGCGAACGACGCGCUCAAGCCCAUCGAGAUCCUGCUCGAGGAGUCCGAGGACUACGAGACCGUCGGCGGGUGGGUCAUGUCCAAGCUCGGGCACAUCCCCGUCGCCGGCGAGACCUUCUCGGUCAACGGCUACGACAUCGAGGUGCUCGAGGCCGAGCCGACACGCGUCCGGAAGCUGCGGUUCGUCGCCCGCCCGCCCGCGGAACCCGCCUCGGAGGCGUCGCCGGAGCCCGUGACCUUCUACACCUGCGGCCCGACGGUGUACGACUACGCGCACAUCGGCAACUUUCGGAGCUUCCUCGCGGCGGACGUGCUCCGCCGGUGGCUCGAAUCGCCGCUCUGCGAGCGCGUGACGCCAGAUGGCGCGCCCGAAGGGUCCGGGGGUUCCGGCGGGUACCGCGUGACGCACGUGAUGAACCUCACGGACGUCGGCCACAUGGUGGACGACGGCGACGCGGACGGCGGGGGCGAGGACAAGAUGGAAGCGGCGCGCGAGCGCCUGCUCGAGCAGAAGAAAUCCGGCAGGCUCCCCGAGGGCGCGGACGCCUCGUUCGACCCCAACAGCCCGUGGGACAUCGCGCGGUUCUACAUCGACGCCUUCAUCCAGGACGCGCUCGCGCUCGGCAUGAAGGUUGUCCGCGAGGCGCAGGAAAAACCCGAGCUGCUCCCCCGCCCGACCAACGAGGUCCGCGGGAUGCUCGAGAUGAUCCUCACGCUGCUGGACAAGGGCUGCGCGUACGUCGCGUCCGACGGCGUCGCGUACUUCGAUACGCAGAAGUUCCCCGCCUACGGCAAGCUCUCCGGCAACACGCUGGAGAACAUCCGCUCCGGCGCGGGCGGGCGCGUGAGCGACGCGGCGCAGUCGGUCAAAAAGCACCCCGCCGACUUCAUGCUCUGGAAGCCGGACACCAAGCACCUGAUGAAGUGGGACCCCCCGGAAGUCCUGAAGGACAGCCCGGACCUGGCGCAGAAAGCGCGAGACGCCGGCCUGCGCGAGGGGUACCCGGGGUGGCACCUGGAGUGCUCGGUCAUGGCGCGGAAGUACCUGGGCGCCGAGGUCAUCGACCUGCACUCCGGCGGCGAGGACAACAUCUUCCCGCACCACGAGUGCGAGAUCGCCCAGUCGUGCUGCGCGACGGGCAAGGACGAGUUCGCCCGCUACUGGUUCCACGCCCGGUUCCUGCAGGUCGAGGGCGCGAAGAUGAGCAAGAGCGCCGGGAACUUCUUCACCGUGCGCGACCUCAUGGCCAAGGGCUUCGCGCCGGACGCGAUCCGGCUCGAGCUCAUCAAGACGCACUACCGCUCGAACGCGAACUUCACCGAGCAGGGCCUCAAGGACUCCAAGCGCAUAGUCACGCGCUGGCGCACGUUCCUCGAGAAGGCCGAGGCGUCGAGCGAGGCCGGCGAGCGGAACGGCGACGCCGCGCAUAAGUUCGCGCGGGCCAUGAACGAGGACCUGAACAUCGCCGGCGCGCUCGGCGUCAUCAGCUCGUGGAUCAACGCCACGACCGAGCCCACGCGGGCCGACGCGGAUCUGCUGCGCGAGUUCGACGGCGUCCUCGGCGUGCUCGAUCUCGAUGCCGAGGUCGCGACGGAGUCGUCGGGCGACGAAGACGCGAAGAUCGACGCGCUGGUCCAGGCGCGUCAGGACGCGCGCAAGAACAGGGAUUUCGCCGAGGCCGACCGCCUCCGCGACGAGCUGACGGCGCUGGGCGUCGUCGUCGAGGACACCUGCGACCUCGGCGCGCUGCGGGGGCGGUUCAUCGUCUUCGAGGGGCCGGACGGCUCGGGCAAGUCGACGCAGUUCUCGCGACUCAAGCAGACCUGCCGCGACGCCGGCGUCACCGUCACCGCCGUGCGCGAGCCGGGCGGGACCGCGAUCGGCGAGCGCAUCCGCUCGGUGCUCCUCGACCCGGACCUCGACGAGAUGAGCCUGCGCUGCGAGAUGAUGCUCUACAUGGCGAGCCGCGCGCAGCUCGUCGAAGAGGUCAUCCGACCGGCGCUCUCGCGGAACGAGCUGGUCAUGGCCGACCGCUUCGUCUCGAGCACCAUCGCCUACCAGGGCCACGCCGGCGGGUUCCCGAUCGCGGACAUCAUGCUCGUCGCCCAGGCGGCCGUCGGCCCGCUCGAGGGCGGGUGCUGGCCCGACCUGACGCUCAUCUUCGACGUCGACGCCGAGACCGCCGCGUCGCGAUUGAGUUCCGAGAAAGACCGCAUGGAGCAGAAGAGCGCGUCGUACCACGCGAAGGUCCGCGAGGGCUACCUCGCCCAGGCGCGCGAGGCCCCGGGGCGAUUCGCCGUCAUCGACGCCACCGCCGACGUCGACGAGGUCACACGCCGCCUGUACGACACCAUCGGCGCCCACCCCGCGCUCACGAGCGCGGCACGCUGA